CACCUCGACCUAUUGGCUCAGGCCCAUUGCCUUGUAAGCAGCCCUCCACGGGAUGCUUCUCCACCAACGGCAAAACGAUCUCGAGCUUCUAACGGUGAUCCCAACAAGGACUACCAUACCUGCCAGAUGUGUGGAACACGGGUGAAAGCACCACGAGGUGGUCGUUGGAAUCUUCAGAUGCAUGUGAUGGCAAUGCAUUCAUCGUUUCGUCCAUACAAAUGUCGAUCCUGUGACUUCCAAGACUACCGAAAGCCUGGAAUGCGGAAGCAUUGCAUACUCACCCAUGGAGAGGAUAUGGAUCCAGUUGAUAUCAGUAACGAUGUGAAAAGAGCGGAAUGGGACAAUGUGAUGCGACGAUGCUUCCCCGAGUUCGGUUAUCGAACCGGAUUUCUAAUCGAUCAGAAAUCAGUUCCUGUGAUUGCCCCAGAGACACCAUCUUCCUGA